ACACUGGCUCCAGAAGAGGAACUUCGUAUCGAAGUCCCAUUUCAAAAGCAAACUGCCUGUAUUAUAACGCUCCAGAAAGGCUCGGCAGAAUUGUACGGCGUCGAACUCGCCUUGCACAAAUCGUACACCUUUCCUGAAGGCGGUCUCAAAAUUGCCGUCUUUACCUGGCACGGCUGCGUUCUCGAUGUGGACGUCCACGUGAAUACGCACGCGCAGUUGGAAGCGCUCCGUGACCAAGCUGCCGCUGGCUUUGCACCUCAACACUCCACCAACAACGACACGAGUGGUGUACCGGCGACUCUUGGUCCACGCGUACUCGUGGUUGGACCGCCUGAAUCCGGGAAAUCCACCGUCACUAAAACGCUAUUGGCCUACGCCGUCAAACUGGGACGACUUCCACUAUGGGUAGACCUCGAUCCCGUGGACAACGGCAUCAGCAUUCCGGGAACCUUGGCGGCGUGCCCCGUGACCCGGGACACCGUCACGAUCGAAUCUUGGGCAACGACCGGUAUUCCCUCCCACGCCACCACAGCGUCCACAUCCUCACGACCCUUGCCAGACUUGUUUCGUGCCCAAGUUACGGCGUUGGGUCAAAAAAUUAAUGCGCGACUCGCCGGGGACGAAUUGGCCUAUUCUUCCGGUAUAAUUGUUAAUACUAACGGAUGGAUUCAGGAGGAAGGCUUUCAGCUCCUAAUGCACACCGUUGAGGCCCUCCAAAUAUCCGUUGUAUUGGUAUUAGGCCACGAUAAACUAUACAGCAUGUUCAAAAGCCAGAGCAAACUCCAACAAGAAACGCCACAAACAACACAGCAACCACGACAGGAUUGGAAAGUCAUCAAGCUACCUCGUUCGGGGGGCGUCGCCACACGCGAUGCAGGAUUUUUGCGCUCUUGCAAAUCGCGAGCACUGAAGCGUUACUUUUACGGCGAGUUGAUCGAGUCGAGCAACCAAAAGACCAGCAUCUCGUCUACCAACGCUGCAUCUGCUGUCAACGCAACCCCCGCAUCGCGCGUUCCACAACUCACACCCUUUCUCAUUCAACUGCCUUGGGGUGAUUUGACCCUUUACAAACUUUCCUCCAUGACCUUGUCGGCGUCACUCUUGCCUGUGGCCGCCGCCCAAACCACCGAAGCCGUUCAGAUUACCCGAAUCUCACAGCUAGCCGAUGUUUCGGCACAAACAAUUUUAGCCGUUUGUCAUCCCCAAGCUGUGGUAACGUACGAAAAGUCGCAGGAUGCGGCCGAUCUAUACACGUCGGGGGUGGCAGGUUUCGUGAACGUAGAACGUAUUGUGGCCGAAACCGAAACACUCCAUUUACUAACUCCCUGUGCCGGGACUUUACCAUCCAUGACACUAAUAUGGGGGAACAUAUCCUGGAUGGAAUAG